CGCUCACAUGAACCUAAAGAAAGCUCCCAGCAACUCCAAGUACAGAUAAAACCACAACGACGUGCACCCCCCCCUCCACUCCUCUCAGAUAGGGUGACAUUACCAGACAAUCAUAUGAAUCCCACACAAAUGGCAACAGUUGACCCAUUCAUAGGUACAGAGGACAUUACACCUAAACAGAGCCUACAGUCUUCGCUUCUAGAGGAAAUGAAAAAGAGUAUGAGCAGAAAAUUUCCUUUGGCAGAGGCACACCAGGAGUCAAGGGAUGCAAAUAAUGCAACUACAAGUGGAGUUUCACACUCACAGGAACCUAAAGAAAGCCCUGAGCAGCUCCCAGAAAAGGAAAAACCUAAGGUAGCACCAAGACCACCGCCACCCCCUCCACCAAUGAGGGGGACAUCAAGAGAUGAAUCUAUAAAUGUCCCACUGAUGGACGUAGGUGACACAUCCAAAGGGACAGAGGACUUUACACCUAAACAGAGCCUACAGUCUUCGCUUCUAGAGGAAAUGAAAAAUAGUACAACCAGGAAAUUUCCUUCGGCAGAGGCACACCAGGAGUCAAGGGAUGCAAAUAAUGCAACUAAAAGUGAAGCUUCACACUCACACGAGCCUAAAGACAGCUCUCAGCAGCUCCCCGAAAUGGCAGAACCUAGGACAGCACUGAGAAACCCACCGCCACCUCCACCCCUACACCCACCGGAGAAUGUGGCACCAAGAGAUAAAUCUACGAAUGCCACACAGGUUGUCAUUGAUGACAAAUCCACAGGGAUGGAGGACAUUGCGCCUAAACAGAGCCUGCAGUCUUGUGCAGAGGAACUAGAAAAUAGUAAAAAAAUAAAAUUUCCUUUGGCGGAAGUACAUCAGUCAAGGGAUGUGAACAAUGCAUCUACCACUGGAGGUGCACACUCAAAUGAACCUAAGGAAAGCUCCCAGAAGGAAAAACCUAAGGUACCACCAAGAGCUCAACCCCCACCCCCACCAGCGAGGGGGGCAUCAAAAGACCAACCUAUGAACACCAUACCAAUGGGCAAAGGUGAUACUUCCAGGACAGAGGAUAGUCCACCUACACCCACCCUACAAUCUUCUUCACAUGGACCUAAACCCACCCUACAAUCUUCUUCAGUAAGUCCCCAACACCUUGGAAAGACAAAACCACCAAGACCAUCACGACCACCCCCAGUAAAAGGGACGACAUCAACAGGAAAACCUGUGAAUGCCACACAGAUGGUCAUAGGCGGAACAUGGCGAGGGACAGAAGACAGUCACCCUAAACACACCCGACAGCCUUCUUCGUUUGAUGCAUCACAGGUUCUGCUUUUGUCCUGGGAUUUGGGCCACGAGGCCACUAAAGUAAGUUCCUACUUGAUGGGUGAUCAAAAUCAUGAUUGCCCAUGUGUUUCCCUUUCACCUGUCAAAAAAGACUCGGAGUGGACAUCUCUAGUGGACCAAUCUUCGAUCGUCAUUUUCUACUCCACACCCAAAACUCAGAAACCGUUACACAGGAUGGGACGCCACCUAGAGUACUGCAUUCGCAAAAAAGGUGCAGAGAAGGUGAUUGCGGUGAUCGGGGACGCUAAUAAUCUGGAGGAGGAAUGGAAAACUAAGUGGAAAGAAAGCCAAUUUUCCAAAAUUCUUCAACAGUUCCAAAUAUCAAAAACAGAGCUGGACUGGAUCAACAGAAAAGGGAUCCACAGAAAGAUAGAAGAGAUUAGAAACUCCCUGAUGUUUCACACAGGUCCUCCAACUGGAAGGAAGCAGCAAAUGUCACAACCAACAAUUCAAAUGGUGAGUGGAUUAAACAAUAAAGAAACCAAAUCAUCCUAUGAAAUGGGGACACCUCAAACACCAAAACAGACCAUUGGCUUUCUCUCCUGGUCACCAAAGGAUGACAGUCAAUGGCUUCUACAACUCCUACGGCCUCCCUACUUUCGGGACACGGUUGAGGAAAUUAUAUACGUUGAUGUAGACAAGAACGAGGAUGAGAAAAUCAUGGAGCAGAUCUUCAAUGUCCCAUCAUUAAUUCUGCACUUUACCCAGGAAAGUUUCUGCACUUUUUCCUCUCAGCCCGAUUCCAGUGACAGACUCCGGCUUUAUUGUGAGAAGAAGGAGAAGACCAUUGUGGUGAUUGAUGACUUGGAUGGGAAAAAUUCAGAGUUGGCAUUGAAAGAACUCUAUAAAAAAUCUAAUAUGGAGAGAAUGUCCUCAGAUUUGUUCAUGUUUGGGAAGGAGGAGAAAGAGAUGAACUACCCGACCCAUCUCACCGGGGAGGAACCGGACAAUAAGGAGGCCGGGGCAAAACUGAACCUUUUCCGAGAUGCCAUCAAUAGAAGUGUGACAUUUCCAGAUCCUCCAAGACCGAAACUUGGGAAGGUUGGAAUCUUCUCCAGAUCUUCAAAAACGGAUUACGAAUGGCUGGAGCCCUUGCUAAAAUCAGCAGACCUUGGUGUGGAGGAAGUCAGACCGGUUUACAUAUCAAACAAAGGAUAUGCAGAGUUUUAUGAAGAGCUCACACUCUGUGAUUUUGCGAUCCUAUAUCACACUAAGAACAGAGGGAGAGUCAAUAUCACUAAUGUCAAUGACUCUCUGUAUGACACGGAAAUAGAGGAACUGUCUACCGCUCUUGGACGGUACAAGGUUUUGGUGGUCAUAGAUGAUCUUCAGGACAGCAGCUGGAGGACAAAGAAUCGAAUUCUGAAGUUUCAGUACAGCAUCCCAAAGUACGCCCGGAAUAUGCUUCUUGUCUCGGAGGAAGAGAAGAAAAAGGGAGAAAAUGAAGGAAAGCUCCUGACUAAGUUGAUAGAGAUCAUUGUGUCCCCUGCGGUGGAUGAAGAAGGUCCUUGGGAGACUGAUGGACAUAAUCCCGAAACGAAUCAUCCAGAAACACUGACCAAUAAAAAUCAUCCUGAAGAAAUAAGCAAUAGAAAUGGUCCUAAAACAUCUGACACAGAAAUUGGAGGAUUUAAUGACUGACAGAAUGUAUCCUGACCCUCCAACCCGUGAGUGAAUAUUAUCCUUACACACCGACUGGUGAAUCUGAUCCUGGCACACCAUUUGGAGGGUAUAAUCCUGACACACUGAUUGGUAGCUUUGAUCCUCGCUGGAAACAAUCCUGAAAUGCCAACUAAAGAAAAUAAUCUUAGGGCACCGACCUUCAGACGUAAUUCCGGGUCAAGGACCAAUGGAGAGGUUAAUCAACCAGCAGAAAUAAUCUAAGAA